CCUUCCCUCACUGCAGCCUACCAGGCAGCAAUUACGCUUUGGGGAUAAAACGAGGCGCAGAGAGCAGGCUGGGGCAGUCCUCCCCGAGAUGGCGGGUCUGACAGCAGCAGUCCGGCAGCCUGGAGCCUUGCUGAUCUUCUUGCUCAACCUCCUCCAUCCCGCGCAGCCUGGAGGGGUUCCAGGAGGUGUGCCUGGUGGAGUUCCUGGUGGAGUCUAUUAUCCAGGGGCUGGUAUUGGAGGCCUGGGAGGAGGAGGAGCUCUGGGACCUGGAGGAAAACCACCUAAACCAGGUGCUGGGCUUCUGGGAGCAUUUGGAGCAGGCCCUGGAGGACUCGCAGGUGCUGGCCCCGGGGCAGGUCUGGGGGCCUUUCCCGCAGGUACCUAUCCAGGGGCAGGAGCUCUGGUGCCUGGAGGAGCAGCGGGGGCUGCUGCGGCUUAUAAAGCUGCCGCCAAAGCCGGGGCGGGACUUGGUGGAGUUGGUGGCGUCCCUGGUGGUGUUGGAGUUGGUGGUGUUCCUGGUGGUGUCGGAGUUGGUGGCGUCCCUGGUGGUGUUGGAGUUGGCGGCCUCCCUGGUGGUGUUGGUGGUAUUGGUGGCAUUGGUGGCUUAGGAGUAUCAACAGGUGCCGUCGUACCGCAAGUCGGAGCUGGAGUCGGAGCCGGAGUCAAGCCUGGAAAGGUUCCCGGUGUUGGUCUUCCGGGUGUAUACCCCGGCGGAGUACUCCCAGGCACAGGAGCUCGGUUCCCAGGUGUGGGGGUGCUCCCCGGAGUUCCCACCGGCACAGGAGUCAAGGCCAAGGCUCCAGGUGGAGGUGGUGCUUUUGCUGGAAUCCCAGGUGUCGGGCCCUUUGGGGGACAGCAGCCUGGUGUCCCCCUGGGUUACCCCAUCAAAGCCCCGAAGCUGCCAGGUGGCUAUGGACUGCCCUACACCAAUGGGAAGUUGCCCUAUGGAGUGGCUGGUGCAGGCGGCAAGGCUGGCUACCCAACAGGGACAGGGGUUGGAUCCCAGGCAGCGGCGGCAGCAGCUAAAGCAGCGAAAUAUGCAGGUGCUGGAGGAGCUGGAGUCCUCCCUGGUGUUGGAGGGGCUGGCAUUCCUGGUGGUGCUGGAGCGAUUCCCGGGAUUGGAGGCAUUGCAGGCGCCGGGACUCCCGCAGCAGCAGCUGCUGCAAAGGCUGCUGCUAAGGCUGCUAAGUAUGGAGCUGCUGGAGGCUUAGUACCUGGUGGACCAGGAGUUAGGGUCCCAGGUGUUGGGAUCCCAGGUGUUGGGAUCCCAGGUGUUGGUGGCAUCCCAGGUGUUGGUGUUGGUGGCAUCCCAGGUGUUGGGGGCCCUGGUAUCGGAGGCCCAGGCAUUGUGGGUGGACCAGGGGCUGUGUCACCAGCUGCUGCUGCCAAAGCUGCUGCCAAAGCUGCCAAAUAUGGAGGCAGAGGUGGAGUUGGCAUUCCAACAUAUGGAGUUGGUGCUGGGGGCUUUCCUGGCUAUGGUGUUGGAGCUGGAGCUGGACUCGGAGGGGCAGGCCAAGCAGCCGCUGCUGCUGCCGCCAAAGCUGCCAAGUAUGGUGCUGGUGGAGCCGGAGGCCUGGGAGGCCUGGGAGGCCUGGUGCCAGGUGCAGGAGCAGGAGCAAUACCAGGUGUACCGGGCACUGGGGGAGUGCCAGGAGCAGGUACCCCUGCAGCUGCAGCUGCUGCCGCCGCCGCCAAGGCAGCCGCCAAAGCGGGCCAGUAUGGUUUGGGCCCUGGCGUUGGUGGUGUUCCUGGUGGAGUCGGUGUGGGUGGAGUUCCUGGUGGAGUUGGCCCUGGUGGUGUUACUGGUAUUGGAGCUGGUCCCGGCAUCGGCAUUGGACCUGGUGGUAUUGGAGCAGGGACGCCGGCUGCCGCCAAAUCUGCUGCUAAGGCAGCCGCCAAAGCCCAGUACAGGGCUGCUGCUGGGCUUGGGGCAGGUGUCCCUGGAUUUGGGGCAGGUGCUGGUGUCCCUGGCUUUGGGGCAGGUGCUGGUGGUGUCCCUGGAUUUGGAGCUGGAGCAGGUGUCCCUGGAUUUGGGGCUGGAGCAGUCCCUGGAUCCCUGGCUGCAUCAAAAGCUGCUAAAUAUGGAGCAGGAGCUGGAGGCCUUGGAGGUGUUGGAGGUCUUGGAGGUGCUGGUGGCCUCGGGGGCCCUGGGGGUCUUGGUGGGGCUGGUGUUCCAGGUGGUGUAGCAGGAGCGUCACCUGCUGCCGCUGCUGCUGCUGCUAAAGCUGCCGCGAAGGCCGCCCAGUAUGGUGGAGCCGGCGGACUGGGAGCCGGUGGACUCGGGGCCGGUGGACUCGGGGCCGGUGGCCUGGGAGCCGGUGGCCUGGGAGCCGGUGGACUUGGGGCCGGUGGAGCAGGCCUUGGAGGUGUGUCCCCAGCUGCAGCGGCUAAAGCAGCCAAAUAUGGUGCUGCUGGCCUUGGAGGUGUCCUCGGAGCCAGGCCAUUCCCAGGUGGAGGAGUGGCAGCGAGACCUGGCUUUGGACUGUCUCCUAUUUACCCAGGUGGUGGUGCUGGGGGCCUGGGAGUUGGCGGAAAACCUCCGAAGCCCUAUGGAGGAGCCCUUGGAGCCCUGGGAUACCAAGGUGGGGGCUGCUUCGGGAAAUCUUGUGGCCGGAAGAGGAAGUGAUCUUCUGGAGACCCCUGACUCGCGACCUCAUCAACGUUGGUGCUACUGCUUGGUGGAGAAUGUAAACCUUCUAUGACCACCCCCUACU